CUUGACACAUCCCUCCAGGUAGUACAACAGACCACACCUACCCUAGUGAUUGCUCUGAGGCUGCACGGGACACGAGUAAUGACCUUGAAAUAGAGAGAAAAGGACUGUGGUUAUGGAUAUACUCAAGAUGGCGUCUAACUAUGGCAACACUCCCAUGCCUAAUAACCUACCACCGAGCUAUGAGGAGGUUAUGAAUACCGCGCCUACACACGUGCCAAACGCCUCUAACCCACCCUAUGCAGCCACACACUACCCAACAGCACCCACAGCUCCCUAUCCAUCAGCUACACCUUACUCUCAUCCAAUCUCUACUACCUGCAAACCUGUCCCCACUGCUCCCUAUCCCACUGCCCCCUAUCCCAUUGCCCCUUACCCCGUCUCGCCCUUCUUCCCCGUACCCGCAACGCUUCAGGGAAGCUCGACAGUUACUUCGGCACAGAUAUCAACACCCGCCCCGACAGUAGUGGUCCAGCAGCCACGGCAGCAGGACGGCACCUCUCCCUGCACUCGCUGCGUCUUGGUACUCGUGGGAGGGAUUAUCAUCUCUGUAGUAAUGUACCUCAUCAAAGUGCUGAUAUUCUCUUCUGUCUAGCAGCGCGUACGUGUGUGUGUGUGUGUGUGUGUGUGUAUAUAAUGUGUGCUGUUAUAUCUUACAGUUCUUGGCCAGCCUGAUUUUCGCUUACUCAUUCAUUCAUUCAUUCAUUCAUUCAUCAUCAUCAGUUCCAUAGAUUUAUAAGGAACACACCGCACCUCAUCCCUUCACGCGAUCAGUGAGGUUAAACAACGGUGCCUGUGGUUGGUAGUUAGAUGGUGACUGCUAUGAGUACCUGGUUUGUUCUAUUAUGGUUGUUACUUAAUGGUGUGUGUGUGUGUGUGUGUGUGUGUGUGUGUGUGUGUGUGUGUGUGUGUGUGUGUGUGUGUGUGUGUGUGUGUACCGGGUGCUUCCCACAAACUAUUCAUGAGUGAAGUGUGUGUUCCAUAACAUUAUUUUUCAUUAUAUCCAUUGUAUUUUUAUAUAUCGUAAUUACUAUAUGUGUACUCUUAUGCUGCUGUGAAUAAAUAAUAAAAGGCGUAAUAUACACAUUAA